AGAGGAGGCGGGGCCGUGGUGAGAGGAUAGGGAGUUUUUAACACGUCAACAGAGUUGCAGAAGAAAGGUCCUUUAAAAAAAACAAAAACAAAAGGCAAAGCGAAGCGAGUGGCUGCUCCAGAAAAAAAAACAAAAAAAAAAACACCGGUGCAUUUCGAAGCUCUACAAUCAAUCAAUCAAUCAAUCAAUCAAUCAAUAUAUGUAUAUCAAGCAUGACUCAGGAUGCAAACAGUGUACCGACUUGGGAGAAGUGCAGCCGGGCGCUGCUGUGCAUUAGCGGGCUUGCGCUGUCUGUUUACGCGUAUCAUGUGGAAACGACCAAAGAGCACGACUCGUCUUACAAAGCCAUGUGCGACUUCAGCGCGUCUGUGAGCUGCUCCAAAGUGUUCACUUCGAGGUGGGGGCGUGGUUUCGGGCUGGUGGAGCCUCUGUUUGGGAAGGAGAGCAUCGCUAACCAACCCAACAGUGUUUUCGGCGUGAUCUUCUACCUGCUGCAGCUGGGACUGGGGAUGCUGGUGAGUGGCUGGUCGGUCCGGUUCCUCAUUGCCUCCUCUCUGGUGUCUCUGGCUGGCUCGCUGUUCCUGGCCUGUAUCCUGGUGUUUGUUCUCAGGGAUUUCUGCGUGGUUUGUGUCUCCACCUACCUGAUCAACGUGGGACUCAUGAUCAUCAACGUGAAGAAACGGCGCGCCCUGGCCAUGGAACCGGUCAAGCAGAAGAGAAGCUGAAAUCACUGUACCCUACACCCUACCACCCUACUACCCUACUCCGUAUCCCCUACUACCAAACCCCCCUACUCCCUAUCCCCUACCCCUUCUCCUUAUCACUACACCCUACUCUCAAACCACCUUCUCCCUAUCCUAAGCCCUACACCCCUAAUCUCUCCCUCCCCUCUUCCUUACUCGACACCCCGCCCCAGUCUGGCCACCCCUGUCAUCAAAACGACCUCUGUUACAUUGAAUUAUCUGAAUCCGUUUUUAUAUCUUUUGACAUAACCAAAAUAAAAUGUUACUUUUUAGCUUUUAAAAAAAAAA